AUGUCCCUGGGGAUCAAGUCAAUAUGGCGGACUGGGUCCCAGCGCAUCGCUUCGCCGGGAGUAUUUCCAACGCGGAUAUGCGAACUGCGCCCCAGCCGACUUUUGCUGGCGUCCUCCUUUUCAACCGGCCGUCGACUUUACCAGCCUGAGAAAGAGACGGAGAACAACAGGGACAUUCCAGCUCUUGUAUCCAAGGAUGUGUCUUCAGCAGCUGCAGUCGAACGACCAGUUCAGGUUCGGGGUGAGGUGAUGGAGUCGAAUCAUGCACGAAAUGCGUUCCUGAGAGGCGCCUUUCGAGACCAGUCGCCAGUUAUCCAGGCCGCCGUGGAGAAGAAACGGAAUUCGCCAUACGUCCCGACAGCUCGCGACUAUCCGCUUCCUUCAGCGAUGAAAGCGAGCAAGCAACUCUCACAGAAGAUCGCUCGAGUCCAGGUAGGAUUCGACAUGAUUUGGAAACACUUUGGCGGCAGGGUACCCGAAUGGAGCGAAACGUUCAGUCUUCUCAAACAAAUGACACCGAAGCGAAGCGAGACGCCCAACAUGGCGGCUGUGAGGGUAGUCCUGCCUUCGUCCUGGGACAUGUCCGUUGGGAACAAGCGGAUUGAGUUCGUGGAUGCCACGACCGGUCUAGCCACCAAGCUUCGGGUAUCAGCGGACCACCAGAAUCCCUCGGCCAUUGUGUUGAGAGGCGAAAACGCGGUGUUGGCGAAAGCAGCAGACGAGCUGAUUAGGGCGUGUCCAGAUGUGGAAAUAUUCAAGCUCGGAGACGUGGCUACGUUUGACUACAACGCCAAGCGGCUGUGGCCUGCGAUUGAGAACGCCCAGGACGGAGGCUUGUCGAUCCCGCCAGGAACCAAAGACAACGUUUGGAUGCACAAGGAGAUGGAUACAUUUUGGGUCGACCGUCCAUACGAGCAGACGCCAAAGCCAACAUGGUGGACUAAGGAGUCAUUCGAGGCGUACAUCAUGGCGCUUGUUUGCGGUCGACUGCGGCCACACCUUGCCAUGAAGUACUACAAGCAGCCUCGUGAAAACGGCAAGCUCAUCGACACGGAUGGUAUUAGAAUCAAACUCAUUAUCAAUGCGUUUGAAGACCCCUCGGCAAGAGAAUACAUCACCCCGUCCGUCUUAAAAAUGGCAAUUGCCUUCAUGUCCCAGAAAGGAGGACACCGCGCCUCCGCAGAACGACUCUUCACCCUCGCCGAGGAAUGGGGCCUACCCAUGGACACUGAAAUAUUCAACGUCAUUCUAGGCGGAUACGUCGCCAAGCGAGACGUAGCCUUUUUCCACAAGUUCCUCCAAAAGAUGGAGACGCGAUACUUCUACCCCAAUGCCCGAACGUGGCUGCACUUUCUGACCCUCGUCCAACGAGACGACGAGAGACGACAAGUCAUUGCCGCCAUGUACGAGAUUGGCCUCUUCGACGACCCAGCUACCCGAAGAGGCAUCGCCGAAGUCAUGGCCAGCAACGACUCAUACGCCGCCUUCAAGGCCGGCAAGCCUCUCGACGUCUUUCUCGCAGACCAGGCCAUGCGCUACGGGGAAGACUGGUUCACCGCCGGCGCCCUGCACAGCAUCCUCAAAGAAUUCUUCUGGUUCCACGAACCCUCCCACCCGGACUUCUCAUCCUUCAAGACCCUCCUGCGGCACCAACCCUCCGACGGCCGCAAGAUGGGCGUCGUCACCACCGCCAACCACAUCCUCGAAUGCUGCAUCGACAGAAAAGACUGGCCAACCGCCCUAUGGGCCCUCUCCCACAUCUCCAACCACGCACGGGAACCCAACCACCGCACAUACACCCUCCUCACUGCCCUCGCCAUACACUCAAAGGCCCCCUCCUCCCUCGGCCUCAUCUUCUUCUACGCCACUCUCGACCGCAAACUACGCAGAACGCCCCGAAAGUCCAUGCAGCUCGUCAUGCUUCGCCGCCUGCUAUCCAACUUCCCCGUCAGGAUAUUCUCCAAAGUAAUGGGCAGGCGCCUCAAGGCCUGCAAAGCAUCCAAAGAGCACAGUGUUGUCGCUGGCGCAGAAUGGGCAAUUCUACAAGCAUGCGAUGGGUAUAAACCUGUCAAAUCGCUUGGUGCAGCACUGGAAAUCACAUGGCGAACAAUGGAUCAGCCGUUACAGCGAAUCUCUCAGUCUCCUCACCCGGAAGAAAGUCGUCAGCAACUCCUGUCGCAUGAUUAUGCCGUGAAAUUACGAGAUCCAUCCGGUCAACGGCCCCCCAUGACGGUGCAUCUAGACGCGGCAUUUGAUCCAGACACAAUGCUUCGUGACUGGGUUCCACAGAUCAAGAAACAUACUGAUCCGGACACAAACCCGGAAAAUACGGUCCAUAAAGAUGAGCAUGAAGAAUCAGUGGCAUAA